UGAAAAUGAUAAUACUCAAUGUAAGACUCGCAAAUAGUAUAUUGCAUAACUUGGUUGCUUUCUAGAAAGUUUGAAANUACAACAUAAUUGAAACCAUCUUAGACAAUGGCAUUUAAUAAUUCAGGAUCUAUAAUGAUAUCUACAGAAUAUUCACUUAUCAAAGUAUGGGCAUUUAACAAGGGAAAAAUUUAAUUGCUGACUUGUCUGCAGGGACAUACUAAUUAUAUCAACUGCUUAAUUUACAGUAAAAGAUAAAAUUCAUUUAUUUCUUCUUCGGAUGAUAAAACAAUAAGAUGCUGGUAAUCAUUUACCUAACAACAUUGGAGUAGUUCACAACCUUAUAACUAGCACACCAAUUAUGUUUAAUGCCUGAUACUCAAUGAGAAUGAAGAUUUGUUAUUUUCUGGAAGUUUUGAUAAUUCAAUUAAAGUUUGGAAUGUUGAUUUUAAUAAUAAUUGCUUGAUUUAUUAAUAUUCAUUGAAUAAGCAUACUCAUUCUGUAAAUGGAUUAAGUUUGAGCCCAUCUGAAUAAGUGUUGGUUUCAUGCGCAAAUGAGAGUAAUUCAAUUAUAAUUUGGGAAAAAAAUGUAAAUAAUAUCUUUGAAUUUAAAUACAUUGUUAAAUAAUCGAUUUAUGAGAAAGGGAAUAAAAUUAUGUUUAUAUCGAAUGAAGAAUUUAUUUGGGCAACUGCUUCCAAAACUUCAGAUUAUUUAUAUGCGUUCUAAUUAAAAGAAGGAGUGUUUGAAGAAAAUCUAGAAAAUACUGUCGAACUGACUCCAAAUAAUAAGGUAGCAGACGAAUUUCGAUUCCCAAUUCUUUAUAACAAAGAGAAGAACUUAAUAAUUUUAAGGGUGAAAUCAAUAGUGUAUAUACUUGAAUAUUUAAAUAAUGGCAAAUACAGAAUAGCUACUUAAUUAGAUUUUCAUACUUUUGACAUCUAUGGUCAAGUAACAAAUAAUUGGCAAUAUUUAGUAUGUUGGGAUUAAAAUACUAAAAGAUAUAGCACUUAUGAAUUAUAAAUAAAAUGA